AUGAUUGAGCAGCUUUUUCCCGUCGAGAAGUCAACCGUUGACCUCACUGCAUCCAACUUCCAAGCGAAUCGUCAAGCAUGGGAGCCGGUUUUGCAAGAAUUUGACAGUUAUCUGAAAGAUGUGUCCUCGGAAGGGGAUGAGGCUUCCACAUUGAGACACCAAACGAGACACCAACUGCUGCCACGAGACAGGAUUGCGUUGCUGCUCGAUGCAGACUCGCCGUUUCUUGAGUUAGGAUGCUUCGCGGGGUUCAGGGUCUCCGGGUCUAACUCCUGCGCAAAUAUCAUUGCAGGUAUCGGCCUUGUUAGAGUGGAGGAGCUUGGAAUGAAAUGA